AUGUUUACGGGUUAUAGAAGAUCCACUUCUAUAACUAAAAAGAUGCUGCAACAGCAGCAGUUGCAAAUCCAGCACCCUAUUAAGAGAACUAUUGUACUUGCGGCAGUGGCUUCGUUGACAAAUCUUUUAGUAGGUAAAGAUGUGAGACUAGCCAAUGCAAUGGAGAAUGAUAACCUACACGAUAAAACUGGUGAAUAUCAACGAAAAACUCAAGAAGAUGUCGAACAACGGUUGAAAGCUCUUCGGAAUACCAGACCAAUGAAACCUAAUUAUGAAGGACACGUUCCUCUUUGGCCCCAUGAGAAACUUAUACUAUUCGCUGUUAGUGGAUUAAGAUCCUAUUUUCAUCCUGAAAAUGGGGAGAAUAUUGUUCAAUUGGGAGAAGCUACGGCCCUUCCUUGUUUCUUGGAAUCGUUGAAACGCACAAUGCUAUUGGAUAAGGUUGGUAGAAGGAUAUUACGUGAAACCCCGGAUAUCACAUCAGAGAGUCUUAACAUGGAACGGUUGUCCAAGAUGGGGAAAAACACAUUGGGCUAUACUUACUACCAAUGGCUGAAAAAGGAAGGCGUGUCACCAGAUACCAGAGCACCGGUCGCCUAUAUAGACGACCCCGUCCAUGCUUUUAUUUUCAAAAGAUACAGGCAGUGUCAUGAUUUCUAUCAUGCAAUUAAUGGGUUGCCAAUCAUAAUUGAAGGUGAGAUUGCUGUUAAGGCAUUUGAGGCUGCAAACCUCGGUGUUCCCAUGGCAGCGUUAGGUGCAUUACUUGCUCCAUUGAAGCUAAAGCCUGUACAAAGAGAACGUCUUUUCACAAUUUACCUACCCUGGGCAGUGAAAUCUGGCCUCAAGUGUAAACCUUUGAUCAAUGUGUAUUGGGAGGAAUUGUUAGAAAAAGAUAUCGAAGAAUUGCGCAGAGAGUUGAACAUCACUCCUCCCCCGGACUUGAGAGCUCUUAGGAAAGAGCGUGCCCGCCAAAGAAUGUCGUUCAAACUCAAAUACGAGAGUUAUGAGAAAUGA